CAUGCUGUGUUCUGGUAAGGUGGAUAAGUCACCCGCAUCUAAGAAAUGCUGCCAAACAUACAACAGUCCAGCCUUUCACAAAACUAGAAAAAAGAAUAAUGCAUUGUCUAUCACAGCGAAUGUGGGUAAGACUGGUUGCACAAAAAGUGGUUUAAUGUAAGAACUAAUCACCUUCAGCCAAUGGUACAUACAAACUGACUGUUCAUACCUAAUAAAUUUUGUUCACUUUUGCUUAUGUUUUAAUGGGGAUGAUACUUGUAGAAACAAUGGGUUGUAGGUUAACUUACAGCCACUUUAUAGGCUGUCAAGUCUUAUUUUAGAAUCAAGCAAAGAGUUCCACCUGUUACAUUUUAUUUUCUUGCAGGUUUUUUUUUUUUUUCCAUUAUGAAGUGUACAGGUACCACCUUCCUUGUAACCUGGGGUUAUACAAGGUUGCUGCAAUCCUAAGUUUUGGGGCACCAUGAUGUGUGUUUUAUAACUCAAGUGGACCACACCACAGGAAACAGUGGGUAUGGAAUGCUCACCGUGAUGUUUAUAUGCCAUGUGACCUGUUCAUAUGGUGAUUUCCCCAUGUAAUGAGUGAAAAACACAAACAUCGGACUGAUCCAAAACUUGUGCGGCACUCAAGAAGGUUUUGAUGGUGGGAGUUCAAUCCCCACUGUGAUCCACUUGCGUUUGGAAUCUGCCUGAUUUUUGAGAUCAAGGCCUAACAUGGAUUGGUACAAGUAAUGUAAAGUGGAUAUAACAGAGACGUCACGGUGGUUCCUAUGGAGCUUAGUGUGGAUUUUGCAACCCCUGAUCAUGCGGUAAAUUAUGGAAGGCGUCUUCAGUGUACAUAGUGGUGAUGAUUUUAAAAGAGUUGAAAAUGCAGGGCUCAUCCAGACAACCAUCUGAGGUCCUUUGCGAAUCAAGUAUGUUCCAGAACAUGGAUAGCAUUGCGGGGCAUAUUCUGAAAUCCACAGUCGUAAAAUGGAAAGCAGUGAAUCAAAUUCAUUGGUUGAUAUCAGACCGAUCCAGAACAUCAUCAGUGUUGUUUUGGUAUACAGCUGCUCUAUGUUCUGGAUUGGUGUCAGCCCAUGCCACUGAUUUUGCAGCAACUUUUCAACGAGGAAAUGUGUUAUGUCUGGAGUUUGUAGCAGGAACAUAGAUCUGUGGACUAGGACUGGCAAUGAGCCAGACCAAAACUGGGCCGAGUAAAAUGCAAAUUUCUGAAUAGGGCUAACUUGCAUUGAAAAUGUUUACCAACCCAACUAGCCUCUAGAUGCCAAUGUGACCCUAAGAUAGCUUUGGGUGGUCAUUUGGACCAUAGUUCUAAAACCCAGUGACUUGUCUUGAAACUUGGCUGAGUCAACUUGAUGACUCGUCUACUUGACUCAACACAUCCCCACGCACACUCAAGCCGUAGUGGGAUUUCACCACCUAUGAUACUCGAACCUUUGACUGGGUGUUGAAACUCCUGAGAGUACCACCGGAGCAAGAGUAAGGAUCGACACAUCCAUCGCUUGGGAAAUAGGCGACGAACCUGAGGCAGAGAACAUGGAGAACAAGAGGCAAGGUACGCUUGAGGCACAUGGAGAAAUAAAAGGGUUAAGAGAACAAAAGGAGAGACCUAGGCCACAUGCAAUAGUGGAUAACCCAUCACAAUUUUUUUGAUUCUCUGGGUUACUUGAGUUUUAGAUUUGCCCUUUUUUUUUUUUCCCUAACAUGAGUGGCCUAGCAGAUGUGUGGAAUUGAUUUCGUAGAUUCAUUACAGUAGACCUCACAUGAUGGUUGUGACACGGCUUCCUAGUACUACUGCUGGUAUGGGUUAUUGGCAUUAAAUAAGGCCUUCCUAUUACUACGGCUGGUAUGGGUUAUUUGCAUUAAAUAAGGCCUUCUUACAGCUAGAAUCUAGGCAUUGGGGUUUUUUGUAGUGGAAAACCAUUGGACAUGACGGCUACAUUUUUUACUUUCCAAAUUACCCACGUUAUUGAUGUUUUCUCAUCUUCUUAGAAUAUAAAAAAUUCUCCCCCGGGAACUAAUUGUGGGGCCAAAAAUGUCCAAAAUCUGCUCGUAUUAUUAUAAUAGUAGGGGUGUACAAUGGAGGAGACAUUGGGGAGCGGGAAGCCACGCCUAUAGUUUUAGGGGAGAGGAAUUAUAUGAUACUCUAGUUCAUAACAUUCGACAAAAGGGAGUAUUGAAGGUAGGGAUGCGGUCAUGGCCCAUUUGAAAUAUAAACACUGAUCACCCCUCUCCAAUUUGGAGAGAAUUAAAACUAAAAGUAUACGUGCCUAUCUUUUUUCUCACAAAUUUGAAAGGGGGAUUAUACAUAUAUAAAAUCAAAAUCUUGCAAGGGAAGUAAAACAUCUUGUGCGUGCAAGUUUGGUAUUUUGUUGACGAAAGAAGGCUUUUUUCUUAUACAAAAGAAAUGAGGAAGACGUUUGUGGGUUUCUGGCGAGACAAGGAAGGAAGAUAGAGAUACCCAAGCCUCAUAUUCGCCCUUGUUUUCCCAUACAAAGAGACAACGCCAAUCGCUUCCAAAUUUCUCCGAAUGUUGUCUUGUCAUGGAGAAUAUCAACCGUCUUUUGUCAAAGCGAAAAUAUUCAGGUCCGACUCCACAGCACCGCACCCAUCCAUUGAUCUGCCAAAGGUCCCCGACAUGAAAGUCACCUACUCCCGUCUAGACAUGCUCAACUACGAUCGAUACGGAGUAUUCAGCACUCAAAUUACACUCUACGUCACAGCGAUUAAUGAGAAUGCCAAAGCACGAGCAACAUUCUCUGACAUCAGCUUCGUCCUCCGUUUCGAUGGGGUGCCUGUAGCAGAGCUGAGAGCGGAGCCAUUCGAAAUACCCAGGAACAGCACAAAAACCCUCCCAUAUGUUGUUCAGUCAUCAUCGAUUCCGUUGGAAGGGAACGCAGCGGAGGAGAUUGAUGCCUCUUUGAAGAGGGAUAAGAUAACAUUCCAUCUCAAAGGGGGUUCGAGGGUGACGUGGAAUAUAGGACCUGUUGGUCCAUUCAAGUUCCGGACGCACUUGUUCUGCAAGCUUGAUUUCUUCCCUACCAACGGAAGCAGCGUAAACUCGCAUUCGCAUUGCAGUCCCGAAUCCGAUUGAGUCGGUUUAUGUGGGAAAAUUUAGAUAUGAAAGGUUUUCUUUUCUUCCUUUGGUUUUAUUUUCUUCCAUUUUCUUGAUUCUUUUUCAUUUGAGAGUAGGAAGAUGUAUACAUUUACUAACAUGGCUUGAAAGCCAAGAAAGAACAACAAGCACAAGGUCUCUCUUU